AUAAGAGCAUAGCCUGAAAAGUGGUAGGACUUUUAAAAUAGGAUGUGCAAUGUACGUCCCUCACAUAUUAUUAAUGAACGGGCGAAGGAACGGGAUCAGUGGUUAGAUCAUUUGGGUAUCUUUGCCACCGUAGAAAAUACCUUUAUUUCGAAAGGAUUUGAAGAAUCAACCCGGAAAAGGAGAUUCCUGAGGCUAGCUUCAAAUUCACACAACUCAAUUUAACCCAAAUCAGCUACUAGAAAUGUCUCGCCACAUAAACCUAAGCUUCGGUAACCUGGCCUGUCUCGUGUUGCUGCUUUUAGCAGCUGCUUUAAACAGCUCCUCCGCGGAAGAAACGAAGACUGUUGAAUUCAACGUAAAACCGGGAGGAAUGGUACACUCAUUCUCUGAGAAACUUGGUAGAUACGAGUGUUCUUUCACCUAUGCGUCACAAGGGGGCACCAACGAGCAGUGGCUCAUGAGCCUGGGCCUGAACGAAGAUCACACGCUGUUCUCCUGCUCUCUGUGGAGGCCUCAGGGAAAGUCAUAUCUUUUUUUCACCCAGUUCAAGGCUGAGCUGAAAGGAGGAGUCAAACAGAUCAAAUACGCCCAGGCAUAUUCCCAGACCUCCGCGGGAGGACAGAGUGACGUGGCUUUGAAGGACGAGGAGUUCUCAGUGAAGGGACUCACAGUGACCCACAAUGAGGGGAAGUUCCACGCAGAACUCUCAAAGCUCACCGUCAUUGGCUGGACAAGAACUUUCGAACUGUGAUUUACCUGAAGUCUGAUUGACUGGUCACCCUGACCAAUCGAAACAUCCAAGCCAGCUCGGAGGGAGGGUCUAACAAGCCUCUGAGGACAGGCUUGUGACAGACACAGGGGUGACUGAUGGGAUUUACUGUUGAUUAAAUCUGAUCUUUAGGUUGCACUUUAUUUUACGGUAAAUAAAUUAUAUGCUGAAACAGAUGGAUGAAUAUACUCCAGCUGGUUGAGAGGCUGAACAAGGUCGAUCAACCAAUAAUGACGUGUUUUUGUAUUUGAAAAGAGUUGCUCGGUAUUAAUUAGAAACCACAAAGGACAUCCUGAUUUAUCUAAACUUGUUUGAAAUUCCAGUGGAAACUACCGUAAAACAAAGUGCUGCCAUAUCUUCUGUUUUCAUGUCUUUGCACAUGGGCUUGGUUAUGCUCCAUGUUUAGGAAUGUUUACAUGUCCACAUGAUCAUAGCAGGAUGUAAAGGCAUAGAUCAGGGUGGUUAAUCCAUCCUAUGCUAAAAUAGCGAUUUGUUGCUAAUCUCUGUUCUCUUAAUCAUACCCACAUAAACCCAUUUUUCUAAUCUGUGCUUUACUUGUUUUUAGAGGGAAUCAAAUGAUUCAAACGUAGUAUGAUUAAAGAGUAGAUUUAGUAGAACCAGAAGAGGUUAAUCCAAUCGGACGGAUGUAUGUCUUCUAAAUCUAUUUAUUGGACCAGUCACAGUUCAGAAAGGUUCCCUCAUAUAAAGGCACUGUCAGCAUCAGUGCUCUCGUCCAAGACCAGGGUCCUCUGGGGUCACGGUAGGAAAUACCACCACUCACUGUCAUGGAAACAAGACACCAACACAGGAAGUGAUGUAAGCUGUACAUUCGCUUUUUGGGGUUUGGAUUUUCCUAUAUCCGUUGGGCCUGAUUCAUAAUCCUCGUCUGGUAUUUCAAUAAAUUAAUGUUGACAGUCAAA